AACUCCGUCUUACAGUGUCGCCUGUGAUAGAGAGAGGAGAAGAGAUAUUAGUGCUUUAAUACUAUACAGUGAUUAAGUCAAGGGGGGUGGGGGAUAUGCCAGUUAGACAGGAAUAUUCCAGCCAAGGCUAUCGGCAGGCUUGUUGUCCCUUUUCUAAACGGUCAACCAUGAAAUGUUGACCGGUCGUUUGGUUGUUAGUGAUACCAUUGGCUUUGACGGUUGAGAUCAAGGUAUAACUAUGGUGUACGUCUACGUCUGCAAGAGGUUCAAGGUGGCGAUGGAGAUGGUGAGCGGAAAGGAUUCAGAGUGGAUUUUAAACCUCGUCAAAUUUUACCUGAAGCAUCGACGGAAAGAGAUGCAGAAACUAGAGAGGGCGGAGGUUAAUCCUAAGAAGCGACUAAAUACCUGCUCUUACGAUUCCUCCUCUGAUGUGUUUAAGAUCAAUCUAGUUUACAAGGACCAGAAAGGGGUUGACCAGGAACUCAAAUGGAUCAUCAAGGUCACCAGGUCGGAUAUCAACGAAACCGCAAAUAUUCUGCUACGGCACGAAAAGCAGGUUUUCUCACGCCUCAUCUCCGACCUGAUUAAUUCCAUUAAACAGAAAUCCACCUCCUUCACAGACGGGUCCCGUGUAAACUAUAAGGAUCUAAUUCUAGUCCCAGAAUACAUCUACGACGAGACGACCCAUGCGGCUGAUGUGACCAGGAAUGUUCUGGUUUUAGAUAAUCUAGAGGAGAAACAGUACUUUACUUUUACAUCAGGAUGCUUAAACCUCGCCCAUUUCAAGUGCGCUGUGAAGACGAUUGCUAAAUUCCAUGCAGUUGGUUUAUGUCACAAACAGAUGCUUUGGCAUACCUUUGCCCAGCAGAGCAAUCAGGCACAGGCCAGCAAAUCAUUCGAGGACGUUGAAGUCGAAGGAGAAAACAAGAUUCUAGUGGGACGGGAUGGACUCUUUGCCAGGUUUCCAUUCCUCUCUGAGAAAAGAUUAACCAUGAACCAUCUCAUAUCCAACAGGCAAACAUUCCUGACCAUGUACCAAGAAUUCCUGAUGUGUUUCCCGAAGGAGGAAUACUUACUCGACAUAUUCCAGUACAUUAGAAUAUCAGCUGAUGACAUUUUAGGUCUCAACGAAAAAGAGGAUGAUAGUUCUCCAGAACACCCUCUGGACUCUAUAGCUGUUGGUAUCCUGGAGGCCAGGAGCUUUCUCUUCUUUUAUGACGAGGACGAGGACAAGGAGAACAAGGCCACCAAACCAACCAAGGUUCAACGGUCACACAGUGACCGGGCUUCAUCCAGGAAAAACUACGAAACCCAAAAGUCCGUUCAAAAACAUGAUUCCUUAAAUAAUAAUAUAAUCAAAGAUUCUCAUAUGAAGUCCAAAUGCCCGAAAAUAGACACAAACGGCCGAAGUGACAAACCUCCGAUUAAGAUAAAAGUCCAAAACAAGUUUUUCCAGCAUGUAAAAAAAUCUCAAGACGAUGAGGUGGUCCCACCCUUACAGCUGAAGAAAAAGGAUGGGCCCCGAAACCCCAACGCUAAACCUCUCCGUGCUGCCCUGGUGAACGCCAAGUAUGUAACGUACACCCGGAUCACCAACGACCUCGCCGUUCUGUUUUUCACGAGCGGGAACUCGAUGCUCCGGCGGUUCUACAUGAUAAAGAUGGUGGAGACCUUCGCGGAGACACUGGGGAUAACUCUGAGCAACUUGGGAAUAGAUACCGAUAUGUUCCAUCUCAGUUGGACCAAUUUCGUCAAGGAGUUUCAGACCCACAUCCUAUACGGGUUUCUAGUCGGGGUCCUCGUCGCUAUGGCGAAUACCGACGUGAAGGAGUUGAAUGAUUUGAUCAAAGAGUCAGGAAGGACAAGCACAGUAGUGGUUGACGGUCCAACAACUAAAGCAGAGGACGCAGAGUUUAACAAUAGGUUUGUAAAGCUUGGUGGAGAAAGAAUAAGUUUCCUCCUGGAGAUGAUGAAGGAUAUGGCCGCAUACGUCGAGUCCAAGGACUUUGAGUUGGGGCUUCCCGUCACCAACUUCGCAAGGUAUCACGAGCUCUGGUCAAUGCAGGACGAGGGAGGGGAGGCGGAGAGCAGUUACGAGGAGGAGGAAGAGGAGGAGCAGGAGGUGGAGGAGGAGGAAGAAUAGUUCGAGGGGCGGAUUAAAACUUUUGUUUGAUAACUUCGAGGGGGAAAAAAGACAGAAACUUGAUUCUUAAAAUUUAUACAUGUAAUUGUAAUAUGAAAACUUUGUGAUAUUGUACAGUAGCAAUAUAUGUACACACUUAUAGCUUAUGUACUCUACUGUUUUGUGUUGUACUUUAUAUUACUCGACCGCGUAACAGUACAUGGAAUUAUUCCAAAUCUAAAGUAAAAUUAUGAUAUCUAAAUUUAGAAAUACAAAUAGAAAAAAAACCUUAAACUUUUCUCUUUCACUUGACUUUAUUGCCGAUUCAAAAGUACAAAAAAAUAUAUUAAUUUUACCAACAUUUCCCGUCUUUGCCAGUUUUUGGUUUAUCUAAAAGUGCUUAUGUAAUGUGUGUGAGUACUGGGAAUUGCCGAAAAACGUCAGAAAUUUCUAAAUGUUUUAAAUUAUGCAUCGAUUCUUCGAAAUAUUUUGCUAUACUAACUAGCAAUGUGCAACUAAAAAAUGACAUUUCUUAAAUGUAAUGAAUAUGGAUUUCAGAUGUAUAUAAUAAUAUAAAUUGUAAACUUCAAUUGUAAAAUCUUAAAAUG